AUGUCUACCCUCCCAACCCUAGCCUUCUUCGGCGCAACAGGCCUCUCAGCCCUAACAACCCUUACUCUCGCCCUAAAAGCAGGACAUAACUGCCGCGCCCUCGUUCGCACUCCGCAGAAACUACUCGAUCUACUCGCAUCCUCCGCCAUCCCAUCAGACCAAAUCUCCCAAAAUCUUGUGAUUAUCACAGGAGACAUCCGCGACCCCGCCGCCGUGUCUAAAACCCUCUUCUCCGCCACCGAUGAGGUCGUCGAUAUAAUCAUCAGCGGCAUAGGCUGUUACCCCGUACUCCGGGGUUUCAAAUUCGUAAACUCAGACCCAACACUCUGCGCCGACGGCAUCACCACCAUCCUCUCCGUCCUCUCCUCCCGCCCACAAAACAACAAGAAACCAUACUUAAUCACCCUAGGCACCACCGGAAUCAGCGUCCUCGGCCGCGACGUCCCAUGGCUGUUCCUCCCGCUGUAUAAAAUCCUGCUGGAAUCCGCGCAUGAGGAUAAGAAAAGCAUGGAAUCCCUUAUUACUUCCUCUUUUGUCUCUGAGAAGAAUGUGUUAGGGGGCUAUACGCUCGUACACGCGAGUCUACUUACCAAUGGCCCACUAUUAGGACGCGCAGCUGUGAGAGAGGAGACGGAGGGGAGGGAGUGGAGCGGGGAGGCGAUUGGAUAUACGAUUUCGCGGGCGGAUUUGGGGAAUUGGGUUUUUGAGGCUUGUGUGGGGGGAUGGGACGAGGUGAAGGGGGAGGGGAGGGUGGUGAGGGUUACUUAUUAG